UUUCAUCUGAAAAAAUCAUCAUUUUGGCUCUAUUUUUGCAUGUUUAAAUGAAACCCUAGUUCAUCAUGUUUUUCGAAAAUUGUACGAAUCGAUCCCAGCCGUAGUGAAGGAGCAUUGUUCUUACUUGUUCGUGAGCAAGUAAAACUGGUAAUCUGGAAGUAGAUAAAUAAAAUUUACACAAAAAAAAUCCUUUUCAAUCCCUUUAUGCAGCAGCCCGUGACCAACCUGAAGAAUUUUGCAGAUAUUUAGUACCAUCUCUCUUUGCGGGUCCCAUCACUAUUUCCUUGGGUAAUUUGUAUGGCUGCCAUUUCAUUUAGUUGUCUGUUACUUGUGUGAGUUCAGAGGUUAUACUCUUUCCAUUGGCACAUUCUGACCAUUGUAACAGUUAAUCAGUCAAUUCUCGUUUUGUUAGCCCGUGACACAUUUGUAGAAGGCACCAAUGCAUGGCAGACCGGUAGUUGCUUAGUAUCAGAUUCAAGUGUCUUAUCAAGUGGAGCCGACCAAAUAGUUUAGCAGGAUGACACUUCUCAGUGAGCAUUACGAUAAGAAUCACCGUGGGCGACUUAUGGCGGAGGAGAGGUCUUUUUUCCACUACGCUUGAGGGCUCACGAAGCUUCAUCCAAUAAGAUGAAAUACGAUGAGCGGUAUACACAGUACAUCGAGAGGCUAGGACUCCUUCCAUUCAUCCAACUUGUCACUCGGUCGACGCCAAACAUGAACCCUUGUGCUAUCACCGCGCUUGUUGACCGAUGGAAGCCGGAGACACACAGUUUUCACCUCCGAACCGGGGAGAUGACCGUGACUCUUCAGGAUGUUUCGAUGAUCCUUGCACUUCCCAUCGAGGGAAUUCCUGUCUGUUUUAGCACUGAUGCUGCUAACCGGCGCGAUAGGAUGUUUGACCUUAUCGGUGCGGUUCCUGCAGUGCCGGAUGACCCAACUAAAUACAGAGUCCCCGCUGGUGCGACUUAUGUUUGGAUCGCAGAACAUUUUAGCCAGUGCCCCGGCGAUGCUAGUGAGGAAAUGUUCAAACAGUAUACAUGUGCAUACUUGUGGUAUGUGAUCUCAAGGACUCUUUUUGCUGACGGUGGUGGCAGGACCGCUCCGUGGAUGUGGCUGAAGGCGUUAUCUGGUUGGGAUAGUAAACAGAGCUGGGGUUCAGCGGCACUGGCCUACUUGUACCGUCAGUUGGAUGAGGCGUGUUGUAGGCACAAAGAUGAUGCCAGCAUUGGUGGUCCGUUGGUCCUACUUUCGGUUUGGAUGUGGGAACACUUUUCAGUUGGACGGCCGAAAGUGAUCCGUUACGGCGCUUGGGACGAUCAUGAUAACCCGCUACGACAGCCUACAUGGGGGUACAAGUGGGACAAGGUUUCGGAGUUCAACGGCGACCAAAAGAGAAUGUACAUAGACUACACCAAUGAGUUUGACGCGCUAACCGCCGAGCAGGUGACAUGGCAGCCAUAUGGACCGCAGGACAAUUUCGCUUUCAUCCUCGAUUUCCAGUUGAACCCGAAAUGCACAGAGGAAUCACAUCUUUGGCAGAUGCGGUGCCCAUUGAUAUGCUUAUAUGCAGUCGAGCACCACCUUCCACAACGUGUGAUGACUCAAUUUGGGUUAUUUCAGGAUACACCACCGGAGUGGAAGGACACGAAUAUCGUGAUUCACGGCUUGGACAAAAUGAAGCAGAAGAAGAUCAAGAACUGGGAGUCAUAUCAUGAAAAGUACAUCAAGAAGUGGAAUUACUUGGUGAAGGUGGCUAAUAAUAACAGACAAGUACAUCGCCAAGUGCAUGAUGAAGCUGCAUUUUACAAAUAUCUUCAAUGGUUUCUUAGCGAGUCUCGUGUGGAGUUAUGCCCGCCGGCUUAUGAUGAGAGCAUAUUGUUGGGGAUCGUAGCAGAAUUUUAAAAUUUUCUACGCAUCACCAAGAUCAAUCUAUGGAGUUAUCUAGCAGCGAGA